GGAGUAUGGCCGGCGGCGGUGUCAGAAACGGGACCGGACGGCGGCGGGCCGGGCGCGCUGACCGCUGAGCCGGCGUCUGGGUCGCCUUCUGUCCGUGUGCCGCUGUCGGAGUGAGGGGCCGCGCUGUGCCGCGUGGGCAGGACGAGUCUGGGGACGGUCUGUGUGAGCUGUGGGGCUAGGCCGGUGUGUGAACGGCCGUGGGACGCGCAGUGACGGUGAGCCGGCAGGGCUGCAGUAUGGCGGACGGGCCGCGCGCAGUGCCGUGUUUGUGAAAGUCUCAGCUGCGGCGGAUCGGUCGGCAGUGGUGGCGCCCGGCGACGGUGAACAGCAACAAUGGCGUUCCUCUGUCCUGUCAGGAUUCGGCGGAACAAGAAGAAGAAAUCUAACGAUGACACGGCCUCGGUGCGGACACCGGGAAUGGGCCGCAUCACGGGCUCGUCCAGUAUCGAGACCCUGGUGCGGGUCGGCAUUGAGAAGGAGAACGGCCUCUCCGCUGACAGCAAGAUGGUGGUGCUACACGACUUCACUCCGUGCGUGGACGACGAGCUGGAGGUCAAACGCGGCACGGUUGUGAACGUGCUGUACCAGGAGAACGAUUGGGUGUAUGUGAUAUCGGAGAGCAGUCAGCAGGAGGGCUUCAUACCGCACUCGUACUGCGCGCCGCACGGCUCGCAGCUGGCAGACCUCGCGCUCAGUGUCAAGAAGAAGCUUCCGCGCGAGCUGACGGUUCCAGAUGGCAGCGGGGCUGGACCCGGCGGUGGCGGCGGAGAGGCGGACCACAACACAACCAUCGGCAACGCCAGCACAGAUCGGAACGGUGUCGAGACGUCGGAUAACGACAGUUUCACGGAGGGUGGCCGGCCGGAGCCGCGCUCUACACCUUCCGGACACAGCGGACCCGCGCCCGACGUCCACCCCUUCUUUAAGGACCCGGCGGGCCGCUAUAUCGUGCUCUACACGUUCAUGCCGCGCGACGAGAACGACGUAUCGGUGGAGCGCGGAGAGUUCGUCACGGUGCUCAACAAGGAGGACCACGAGUGGUUCUGGAUCGAGCGCUCCGACGGCCAGGAGGGCUUCGUGCCGUCGGCGUUCGUGUACCCGGCCGACGUGCUGCCUGGCGAGGCGUUCUGGUCGCGCACCACGGCCGAUCCGCCCCGGAACAAACGCAGCCCCGGCGGUGACCUGGGUCCGGGCGGCAGUCCCCCGACGCACCAGCAGUUCCCCUCGUCCCCCGGAGGUCACGGAGGUCACCACAUGGGGUCACCGGGUCAGGACGACCCGCGGUUCCACGGCACCGAACUGGUCAUGCUCUAUGACUACAAGGCCCAGGCCCCUGAUGACCUGUCGGUGCGGCGGGGAGACUGGAUAUACGCCGACCUCAACAACCAGACGGUGGACGGCUGGCUGUGGGCCUACUCACCCAAGUCGCGCAAGCACGGCUUCAUCCCCAAGGCGUACGCCCGGCCGCCCGCAAUGACGUCACUAUGACGUGCUUCAGGACAUGAGCCGCCAGUCACGGCGCGUCUUCAGUGGCCAAAUGACGUCACUGGGACGGUACGAGGUGUGUUCGGUCAGCUCGGAGAGACUGAAGGGCUAGAGACUGGUGUUAGAGACGGACGUCGGAGACCCGUGCUAGAUAUUCACGACGGCUGGAUGGCGGCUGACAGGCGCCUGAAAUACUGUUUAACUGUGUUUAUUGUUCGCUGUUUGACUCAUGGGUGACCACUGAACGUGCCAACGUAGCAGGACAAUCCGGAGGGACGCAGUCUGGGGAGUGGUGGGAACUUCAAGCAAAGUCCUGUGUGCGAUGUAUGUGAAUUGGGUGUAGAGUGAAUGUCUUGGAACUAUACAUUUCGCGGGAUGAAGCUGCCAUACCAAUUAUAAUGGCCAAUGGCGGAACUGGCAGACUUGCGAGACUAAAACGCCGUGGAGAGGUAGGUGUGCUGCGGCCUGAAGAACUCGUCUCCUCAUAACUGUUGUGUCUAUUUAACGUUUAGGUAGCCGUGACACUUGACCUUUUUAACACGAAACAGCCUACACGUUGUUGCGCCUGCGCUGCCAUUGGAACUAUGACGCUACAGGUGACGCUAUCAGUGAACGUGCAUUUUGUCCAUCGGUAAAGAACGAGUGACUUCGUAUGAUCUUCAUAUCUUCGUAUGAGACCUGUUUUAUGCCUGCACACUCUGCACAUUAAGUUUAUCAAAUGGCCUGCAUGGAUGAUAUUCGUGUGCGUUCGGUACACAUGACGUGAAUGAAUGUGAUGUAUUGAGCUCUAAAUGUAACAGGUAGUACUCUUAUGUGCGCCAGGUGCUCAUAUCUUUUAGCCUUCUUCGAAUGUGAACGCUGCCACAGAGCCAUUGAUGGAAUGCUGUUACGAGACUGGCGACCUGAGCAAUCACGCCGAGAGAGACGAAAAGUCCGUCCGAUCGGUGCAUGCGAUGCGUUUCAGUAAGUCAUUUGCAUCUCAUGCCCGGGGUCAUUCCGCUCUCUGCUUGUGGAAAUGAAUAAACUUGAUGUGUAUAUAAUGAAACAA